AUGAUAUUGUUUGAAACAGACACCUCAGUCUUUGAACUGUUGUGGGAUCUCGCUCUCGCAUUCUUUAUUGUUCGCAUCGCAUUCAUAUAUUUUAUCCUCACAUAUCUAUCAUCUCUCUUCUCGUCGUUCAUUAUUCUGAAUCGAGUCAUACCAUAUAAUCAUCUCACGGCUCCAGCCAGAGAACUUAUCGCCUUUCCCAUAUAUAUUAUUACAGUGGCAUUGUGGGCGAGGACGGUGAUUGUAUAUUAUGAAAUACCACACGUGCCAGGAUUUAGGAUCGCGAUUGGUUUGGUCGCUGGAUUCUUUAUGGUGAUUGCGGAAUUAGUGGGGGGUUUCGUGUUAUGGGAAGAGGGAUACAAAGAAUGGAUUUGGGAGACGAAUUUGCUUGGCGCGGGGCUAGGGAUAUUGUCAUUAAUACUAUUCGAGGGGAUGCCGUGGGUAUUGAUGCAGCUCGAAAGGAGUGAGAUGAACGAGACCACUCAUGGGCAUGAAGAAAAGCCAAUUAUAAGUGCUGUGCCAACAAUUGGAAAGACGGAGAAAGUGAAUAUUGAAGAUAAAAAGACGAAUUGA